AUGAAUGAAUUAAUUUCAUUAAUUCCAAGUAUUUUAUUAAUUCAAAUGUUUCGUCGUCUUCGAUCUCGUAAUCGACGAAUUUCACCAUUAGAAAAAGUUUUUCAUCAAAUGAAACCAACAACAACAAAUUCCAAAGAGAAAAAGAAAUGUUUGAUCGCAUUUUCAUGGUGGUGUAUUUUUAUUGCUUAUGGAAUAUCUCUUCUGUUAGUUCUCACUUCGAUCUUCUUUAUCAUUGAACAUGGAAUUGAAUUUAGUGAUUUGAAAAAUCAACAAUGGUUAAUUUCAGUUCUUUCAUCAUUUUUUUCAUCCAUUCUUCGUACUGAACCAAUUAAGAUUUUAUCUUUGGCGAUAUUUUUUGCAUUUUUUUGUCAAAAAUCAACAAGUGAAGAUGAAGAAGCCAAAGAAUAUAUAGAUGAAAAUCAACUUGUUCUCAAUCAAGAUGAAGAAUAUCUUCAUUCAUCAGUCGAAGUUUCAACUAUUCGUCCAAAUCGUUUAACACCAAAUGAAAUUCUUUGUGCUCGUCAAGUUUGUCUUCGUGAACUUCAAAUGUGGUCAAUUGUUCACGAAAUCUUUAUUUAUCUUUGUUUUCUCUCGCUUUUAUCGAUCAUUGUUUAUUCAAAUCAUGAUGAAAAUGUAUCAUUUCAAGUUCAACAUCUUCGAAAAACAUUUCAUUACCGCUAA